AUGAGCAGAAAGUUCUACGCUCUCUCCCUAGCCCAUCAUCCUGAUAGAAACAAGGAACCAGGAGCAGCAGAUAAAUUCUCCUCUAUAUCAUCGGCCUACCAUGUCCUCGCUAAUCCUAAGAAGCGCGCUCGAUAUGACCGAGAGAACAGCAUUCGUAUUCCUUCUGCUUCGAGUACAACCACUCGGCCUGGAACGGGUAGUUUCUCAUCUGCGUCAACGUCAGCCGGGGGGUCACAGUUUGGCUCUCGCCCUGCGUCGGGGCUAAGUAAGCGCAGGGGAACUUUUAAGGGGCCUCCGCCUAGCUUUUAUGCGAAUGGUGGUUACGGGACAACCCAGAGACAGUCGCAUGAGCAUCAGGCUGGGCCGCACCAGCAGGAGCAUCCUGAAUAUCAUUAUUCUGAUGUUCCACAUUUUGAUGCCAUGUCUCAUCGGCGGACUCAGUCGCAUGAGGAUAUGAGACGGCGAGCGAGGCGGGCUAGGAGCGUGGAAGAGCAGAAGAGACGAGUUGCGGAAGGACACUCGUUUGGAGGUGGAUAUGAUGAGGGAAGCAUGACGAUGAGGUUUUUGGUUAUAUCGGGGAUUCUGGCUGUGGCCAUGCUGAGUGCAGGCCUUGGGAGGAUGAAGAUGAAAGAACCUGGUUUGCAGGAGCUGUCCGCGAGACAGAAAGAAUCUCGAACAAAGUAG